GCCAGGGCUCUGCCCAAAGACCUUGGAGCUUUUGUUAGCUCUUUUGGCAAAAGUUCCCUGGUCCAGCCCCAGGUACAUGUGAGUUUUGGUAGAAUCCACACGGCAUGGGGAAACCACGGGCUGGAAAAUUACAACUGUGUCUGGUGAAUGUCAUUCUGUUUACAGAUCAGAUGUUGGUAGCUUCUGAACCUGAAUCACACAGUGUAGUUGAAAGAAAAGGUGAGAAAUAUACUGGAUUUUGUUAACUGAGCUAUAACAAGAAGCUAAGUCAGAGUUUGAAACAAUUACUCAAUGUUUGGAGGGGUCAGUCCCUAAUUUUGCCAAGUGAUAAUCCAGUUUCUGUUUGAAUCAGCUGGAGUCCUUAGAGCCCCACUUAGGUCCCGUCAUGUAAGGUUAAUAAAGCAAUUCUAUACCUUCCCCUUUCUUUCGCUCGUGUUCAUACUUUUAAAAAGAAGUUUCCUUCUGACCAGAGAAGUUCUAAAUGCCUAUUGGGGGAAAUGUGUAAUUACAGAAAACUGAAGAAAAUAAGUUGUCUGUAACUUUGCUACCCAGAAGUUAACCACUGUUGGCCUUCUGGCACAUAUGUUUCUCAUCUUUUGCAUUAUUUCUUUUUUUUUUUGGUUGUCAUAAAAAACACCUCUGUGAACCCUGUAUGUAAAUCAUUGUUGCUGGUUUAUUUCCUUAAGAUAGAUCCUAGAAAGGAUUACUAAUUCCAAAAGGUUAUGAUGGUUCUUAAGGAUUUUAACUCAUCUUGCCAAGCCACAUUCUGGAAAGAAUGCACUAAUCUCUGCUCCAGCAGCCGAGGCUGCUUUCAGAACCCACCGUGGAUUACCCCAGGUCAGAAUGGUCUGUCAUUUUCAGAUGCCUGGAGUCUGCUCUGUUUUCUGUAAGGGGUGGAGGGGGGAAUCUGCUUUAUUUAUUGAAACGGAUCCUGUAUUUAUCCAGACUUGCUGCCCUCUUGGCUAGAGCAGGGAGGUGGGGGGAUGAGAGGAGAGGCAGACAGCUCUGCCUGGCAUCGAGGAGCCUUGGCCUUGGCCUAGGGCUGAGGCCGGGGGCUUGGGUAGCCCGUUUGGAUUCCAAGUCACCUCGCUGGGAGGAUGCCUCUGAGAGCGUGGAGGGGCAAGAUUAAGAUUCAUUUUCCUUCGUAAUUUCUUUGAAGGGAACCUUCCUUCUCGGGACCAGAGAAGGAGACCACUGCUUUAGUCAGAUGAGAGGGGGCUGCCCGCGCCCUUUGACAUCUUCCUCCAAACAGUGCGCCUCCUGCAGCCCCCUUAAACCCACCUGUGCCCCCUCUUAUCCGGGACCCUCUUACGCCCGCCCCUGGGCAGCUGCCCCUCCCCCAAGGCGUGGCCCCUCGGUCAGUGGUGGGCUGGGUAGCUGGACCCGGGGGCCAACCGGCUUCUUUCUUCCUUCCCUCCCAUCCUGGCUCCCGCCCGCCGGCUCCGGGACCGCAGCCACGUCUGAAAGCUCCUCAUUGUGUGCGCUCCGCUCCGGGCGGGCAGCGCUGAACAGCGCGCGGGGCCGCUGGCAGCCGCACAGGUAGCGCAGGGCCACGGAGCUGGUUCCCUCCGCCGUGGGUCUCCAGGUGCCGCCAAUAAGUUGGUGUCCGUAAAGCCUCAUCCCUGCUAUCACCCGGUAUCCCUUAGUAGCCUUGGGACCCUACGGAGCAAAGCAGCCCCUGCGGACUCCCAGUAAAGAGACAGCAGUCUGUGGAGUGGCGCGUGGAAGAGACGACAAGAAGCCUUUGCCGAGCCUCGGCAGCCGCGCCAGGUCAGCCAAGGACCCCAAGCUUUGGGAUUCUUUGCCAGGGCUGGGAGAGGCUGGUGACAGGACAUGCUGCUGAGUUAAGGGCACGCAGAACUGAGCUACAGUAACCUGGGGGAUAAGUAUGGCGCCUUCACAAGCCCUUUCCUCACAUGUGCCUGUGCCAGCGCUCCUCACAACCACUGACCUGAGGGCCCUCCAGGCAUCUUCCAUGGAUUUGUGAUUGAGGUGGGCAGCUAUCCCGGCAGCCCAGGGCAGUGGCUUCGGCCAGCAGCAUGUGGCUGCCACGCAUCUCCAGCACCGCGGUGACCGUGCUCUUGCUGGCGCAGACAGGUCUCCUGCUCUUCCUGGUCUCCCGGCCCAGGCUGACAUCCCCGGCGGGCAGCGAGGAGCGAGUGCACGUGCUGGUGCUGUCCUCCUGGCGCUCAGGCUCAUCCUUUGUGGGCCAGCUCUUCAGCCAACACCCCGAUGUCUUCUACCUAAUGGAGCCUGCGUGGCACGUGUGGUCCGCCCUGUCGCAGGGCAGUGCACCGGCGCUGCACAUGGCAGUGCGUGACCUGGUGCGCUCGGUCUUCCUGUGUGACAUGGAGGUGUUCGAUGCCUACCUGCCUUGGCGUCGCAACCUCUCCGACCUCUUCCAGUGGGCGGUGAGCCGCGCACUGUGCUCGCCGCCAGCCUGCAGUGCCUUUCAGCGCGGAGCCAUUAGCAGCGAGGCCGUGUGCAAGCCGCUGUGCGCUCGGAGGCCCUUCGGCCUGGUCCAGGAAGCCUGCCGCUCCUACAGCCACGUGGUGCUCAAGGAGGUGCGCUUCUUCAACCUGCAGGUGCUCUACCCGCUGCUCACCGACCCUGCGCUCAACCUGCACAUUGUGCACCUAGUGCGGGACCCCCGGGCAGUGCUGCGCUCACGCGAGCAGACAGCCAAGGCACUGGCACGUGACAAUGGCAUCGUGCUGGGCACCAAUGGCACAUGGGUGGAGGCUGACCCGGGCCUGCGUGUGGUACGUGAGGUGUGCCGCAGCCACGUGCGCAUCGCUGAGGCUGCCACCCGCAAGCCACCGCCCUUCUUGCAUGGCCGCUACCGACUGGUGCGCUUUGAGGACCUGGCACGAGCACCACUGCCAGAGAUCCGUGCACUCUAUGCCUUCGCUGGCCUGAACCUCACGCCGCAAUUGGAGGCCUGGAUCCACAACAUCACUCAUGGGUCCGGGCCUGGCGCGCGCCGCGAGGCCUUCAAGACCACAUCCAGGGAUGCACUCAAUGUCUCCCAGGCCUGGCGCCAUGCGCUGUCCUUCACCAAGAUCCGCCGCGUGCAGGAGCUGUGUGCAGGCGCACUGCAACUGCUGGGCUACCGGCCGGUGUUUUCCGAGGACGAGCAGCGUGAUCUCUCCCUGGACCUGGUGUUGCCACGGGGCCCGAGCAGCUUCAGCUGGGCAUCAUCCACCGACAAGCACCCUGGGCCUUAGCAGUGGGCCCCAGCUCUGAAGGAAACUAUGGUGGGGAGGGAACUGGGAUACACAGUGCAAAGGCUGUUACUGCAGUGGCCUGGAGUUCAGGCGUCCUCCCUUGUAUUAGGAUAGGGCUGCAUCCCCAAACUCCGUGUUUCUUCAUCGCCACUGCUUGACUUUCCCUCAAGCCCUCUUUCCCAGCCAAGUUCCCAACAGGCACAUCCUUCAUGGAAAGCAAAACUCCUGCCCCCACUUCCUCUGAGCACUGGGAAUAGUUCAGGCAACUUGGCUUCCACUCAAGCUCCUUCUUUCCCCGUAUCUCUCUCCUCCCUUGGAUGAUGCAUCAUCCAGCAGCUGAGAAGGGUGUCUCCUCCCUGUCUGGGAGUGGAGGGGCACGAGGUGAGCUGGGUCCCGAAGUCUGUACAUCUGCUCACACACCGUUCUCCCCAUGUCCCUGGCACCACAUUGCGACACAGCUGUUGACAUUUCUAUCCACUUGUAUCUUCAGCAAAAAAUCAGACCAGAUGCCUCUUUAUCUUGUGGUCAGCCCCUACCUAGUCUCUGCCUCGUCUCCCAGGAGCCCACACACCCCCAUCACCUGCCCAGGUAAGGUGAACCUUUGAUUUGUCCUGACGGGAAAGAUCCUACAUACAGAAAUAAACAUAAUUAACCUGUGUGAUACAGA